CCCUUCAAGCCCUGAGCUGCGCGCAAGCGACACGCGUAAAAAAGUUGCUCAAAGAAGGAGGGAUAUUUUUAGUUAUGUGUGAUUUUGUAAUCUCGUGCCUAGGUAGUCCGAGUAACGCCCUCUACCAGUCACUCUCACACAAGCAUUAUUUAUCAUCUGUGAUCGGUGAGGUUUCCACAGUCACACACACUACUAAGUAACUGCUCCUUUCUUUGCAUUUUUCUCGCCCACCUCCUCCUGUUUUUUCCAUCAUGCUGUUGCUUCUGAUUUGUUCACUAAAAAGGAUUUAUAAAAGCGUUUGCUGAAAAAGAUAGUGAAACAGGAAAUUAACUACUUUAGACAAGCAAGCUGGAUUUUAUAUGGUUUCCCGAUUUUGCAUGGUUAGGUAAAUAAUGACAGAAUAUAAGCUUGUUGUGGUUGGAGCUGGUGGUGUUGGGAAGAGUGCCUUGACCAUACAGCUUAUUCAAAACCAUUUUGUGGAUGAAUAUGACCCAACAAUAGAGGACUCCUACAGAAAACAAGUAGUCAUUGAUGGGGAGACAUGUUUGUUGGAUAUUCUCGACACUGCAGGUCAAGAGGAAUACAGUGCAAUGAGAGAUCAGUAUAUGCGUACAGGGGAGGGUUUUCUUUGCGUUUUUGCUAUUAAUAAUACAAAGUCAUUUGAAGACAUACAUCAUUAUAGAGAACAAAUAAAACGAGUGAAAGAUUCCGAAGAUGUCCCAAUGGUUCUGGUAGGAAACAAAUGUGAUCUUCCCUCUCGAACUGUGGACACUAAGCAAGCUCAGGACCUAGCCAGAAGUUACGCAAUUCCCUUUAUAGAGACAUCUGCUAAAACCAGACAAGGAGUGGAUGAUGCCUUUUAUACAUUAGUAAGAGAAAUUCGAAAACACAAAGAGAAGAUGAGCAAAGAUGGGAAGAAGAAAAAGAAAAAAUCCAAGCCAAGAUGUAUACUUAUGUGAAGAAUUGUUCACUUAAGCAAAUGGGAAAGGAAAAAAAAUACAUAAAUGAAAGUGAUGUUUUUGUUUUGUACAUUACACUAAAUUAUUAGCCUUGGUUUCUAGUAGCACCCACAUAUUUACCUUAAUGAAAUUGUAGUGAUAGUUGGAUUGCUUGUUGUUGUUUUUGUUUGUUUCGCUGUUUUUGGUUUAAUACAUAAGCUUUAUUUCUCUUAAAGUGCCAGUAUUUUUAAAUGUUGGUCUUUAAUCUUUUCAUACCUGUUGUAGCGUCCAGACUCAUAAGGCAGGAAUCUUUCUGGGUCUGCUGAUCUCUGUACUCCUGGUAGACUUAAGUUCAUAAUUUUUCCCAAAUAUGGCAUAGAAGUUGAAACAUUGAUUUCUGGGAGCUAAUUCUACAUGUGUAUCAUUAUACAAGUAAAUGUCGUAUUUACACAAUGUAGAUUGCAAGCCUAAGACUGAUAACUCACUUUUCUCGCUUUUUAUUGGAGACCUUAACAACACAAAAAAAUGUUAACAUUAUUGUGUGCAUCUGAUCAGGACUCUUAUAAAUAUGCAUUAUCAGACUGGAUGGGUUGACUUUACAUACAUAACCUGUAAACCCACCUUUUAAGGUGGUUUUAUUUUAUUUUUUUAUUUACUCUAUUAAAACAUUUCCUAAACAUUAUAGUUGAUUUUCUGUGUUGAAAGGUAACAGGCUGGGAAAAUUAAAAAGCAGAUUAACAAACACACUAGUUGCAAUCCUCUAUGCAAAAACAGGCCUGUGGUUGUAUGAAAAUGCCUUAUUUCAUCAAUGAAGUAAACAAUUGAAUUUUAAAAUUAUUAUAUGUAAAAUCAGGGCUUUGGCUUGGUACAUUUCUUCCAUUGAAUGGGGUCUUCUUUCAGACUGUGCUGUCAGUUGUGGGUGAGAAUACGUUAUUAAUAAAUGUGUGGUAUGUCGGAGUGGCUGACAAGUUUAUUGUAGCAGAACUACUACAGAAAUUUACUUUAUAAAUGUUAUUUUGUUUCUUUACCUCAGACACCACAAAAACAGAUUUGGCACCAAAAUAUAGUUUUAUCAUUAAUAUUUUUUCAUAGAUCUCACAGUAUCAUGUGUCACUAAUGUGUGUAAAUAUAUGCUAGCAUGGUUGAAAUAAUUCUUGUCUUGUUUGGGUUAUGUCUGAGGUUUGGCAAAUGGAUUUUUUUUAAAUAGUUGUGUAUAAAUCUCUGUAUAAAGUUAUUUUUUUUAACAUGCUAUAUGACUUUGAAAAAGAUGCCUUCUUGGCAAAUGUUGUUCCUGUCUUUACGUUUCUAGAUUCUUGUUUUUAUUUAUGAUCAUAAUAAUAGUUUUAAGAAAUUAAAUUUUUUUAUAAUUGUGCAUGGCAAUAUUUCUUAUCAAACUGACCUCCCAUGUAGAAACAUUUCACUUAAUUUUUAUGUAACUGGUGUUAAGUAUAUAAUGGAAAAUUAGACUAUGAAUUCUAUCAUUUUGUAAAUGUGAUUGUCAGACUUUUUUUUAAAAAAAAAAGAAAAAAAAACUUUGGUGCUUCCAGACGUCUGGUACAGAGUGUCAGAACAAAAUACCAAUACCAUGUGCAAAAUUAAGGGCAUUACAUUUUGUGGCCUUUAUUUCUAAAGGACAUGAGGAAAAUGCAUCUGCAGCUGGUUUUGGUGCCUAACAGGUAUGUGUUAAGAAUGAUUUGACUGUAUUACUCUAAUGCUAUUUGGAGUACAGCAUUUAAAUAGGUAGCAGAAAAUUGUUCUUCUGUACACUUGUUUGUGGAAUAGACAGUGAGGAAUGUAGUAGGUGUCAUAGGGAAUGAAACUGAAAGCUCUGUGGUGUGGUUUCCAUAUCGGUGUUUGUAUAACAGUGUACCUAGUUUUUAGAAAUGUUUUACAUGUGGAAGCUUAACCUAGAACAUUGAUGGAAUACCGAAAGACUGGUUCUUUCAUUUAUAUGGUAAAAGCAAAAUGUCAGAAUUCAUAGUACACUGUUCUCCAUGACAUGAAUUUGUUCCCUGUCUUAGAGUGCCAACUUCUAUGAUUUUUUUUUCUUUUUAAAUGUAUACCUACAAUGUGUUUUAACAUAAUUUAUAUAGUUGUAAUACUUACAAGUGCAUAUUUUGUACAUUGUGCUUCUUGUUUUUAUGAACCAUUGUUGAUCUGGUUUUGGUUCUAUUCUCUGUGCUAGCCUUGCACAUCAUUCUUAACAAGUAAUAUGAAAAUAAUGACCACUGUUUAUAACAUAAUAAUGGAAAUGUUUUAUAGGAGUACAUACUGUGUGGUGAUCUCAAAUAAGUCGCUAUAUUUUUGUCUUGAAUUUCACCACUCCUAUUUAAUGUAUAAUAAAAACAUCAGAGGUUAUCAUGA